AUGGACCAGGUGUCGGCUGUCAGCGAUCCUCUUAUCAGCUUUGCCAAAGCAUCCGUCCAUUUCUUUCACAGAUGUACGAAGCCUGACAGAAAAGAAUUCAAGAAGAAUGUAAUCGCGACAACCAUUGGUUUCUUCGCAAUGGGCAUCCUCGGCUUCGUAAUAAAGCUGGUCUUUGUUCCUAUUAACAGUAUCAUUGUCGGCGGUUAA